CUGGUCCUGAUCUGGUCCGGGAUGCAGCGGCUGUUUUCCGCAGCGGGGCGGGACGGAGCCAUGAAGCCCUGGCUGCUGCUCGCCGUGCUGGGGGUUUGUUCGGCCAUCGGGCCCAGCAAGACGGAGGACGAGGACUACGAGGACGUCCCCAUCAACAAGACCUGGGUCUUGUCCCCGAAGGUUUACGAGAGCGACGUGACGCAGAUCCUGAACAAACUGCUGCAGGGCUACGACAACAAGCUGCGGCCCGACAUCGGAGUGAGACCGACGGUGAUUGAAACGGCCGUCUACGUCAACAGCAUCGGACCGGUGGACCCCAUCAACAUGGAAUACACCAUCGACAUCUUCUUCGCCCAGACGUGGUACGACAGCCGGCUGAAGUUCAACAGCUCCAUGAAGCUGCUCAUGCUCAACAGCAACAUGGUAGGAAAGAUCUGGAUCCCCGACACUUUCUUCAGGAACUCCAGGAAGUCGGACGCCCACUGGAUCACGACGCCCAACCGGCUGCUGAGGCUGUGGAGCAACGGCCGGGUCAUGUACACGCUCAGGUUGACUAUUAAUGCGGAGUGUUACCUUAAGCUGCAUAACUUUCCCAUGGACGAGCACUCGUGCCCGCUGGAGUUUUCAAGCUACGGAUACCCCACCAACGAGAUCAUGUACCGGUGGCAGAAGAGGCCGGUGGAGGUGGCCGACCAGCGCUACUGGAGACUCUACCAGUUCGCCUUCGUAGGGAUGAGGAACACCUCGGACGUGGCCCACACUCAGUCGGGGGACUACGUGAUCCUGACCAUCUUCUUUGACCUGAGCCGGCGGAUGGGCUACUUCACCAUCCAGACCUACAUCCCCUGCAGCAUGAUCGUGGUCUUGUCCUGGGUCUCCUUCUGGAUCAACAAGGAUGCCGUUCCUGCUCGGACGUCUCUAGGUAUCACCACGGUGCUCACCAUGACGACGCUGAGCACCAUCUCCAGGAAGUCCCUGCCGAAGGUUUCCUACAUCACGGCCAUGGACCUGUUCGUCUCCGUCUGCUUCAUCUUCACCUUCGCCGCGCUGAUGGAGUACGGAACGCUGCACUACUUCACCAGCAACCGGCAGACCAAGAAGGCCAAGGCCAACAACAACAACCACGCGCAGAUGCAGCACCGGGCCUCCAGCAUGGUGAACAUCCGGCCCGGCGUGUCGCUGCUGCAGAUGAACAACAUCGCUCCGUACCACGAGGAGGACGACUUCGCCUACGAGUGCCUGGACGGGAAGGACUGCGCUAGCUUCUUCUGCUGCUUCGACGACUGCCGCUCCGGCGCCUGGCGCGAGAACCGGAUGCACGUCCGCGUCUCCAAGAUCGACUCGUACUCGCGGAUAUUCUUCCCCACGGCGUUCGGCCUGUUCAACCUGGUCUACUGGGUCGGGUAUCUGUACCUAUAAACCCGGUCUUAAACGAGGGGGGGCUGGAGUUUUACAUCCGCAAACAUUUUAGGUUUACAGAAAAUAAAAACACAUUUUCACGCUUCAAAA